CUUUUGCAGAAGAGAAGUGGUCUUCUCAGCUAAAUUUCUCUCUCUUCUCACCCAUCUCUCUGAAUUCUUUGCGGGCGAGGCUGUACCAAAAUGGCUGAACAACUGAUCCUGAAGGGUACCCUCGAGGGCCACAAUGGCUGGGUUACCAGCUUGGCCACUUCAAUGGAGAACCCCAACAUGCUCCUGUCCAGCAGCCGAGACAAGACCCUGAUCAUCUGGAACCUCACCCGCGACGAGACCCAGUACGGCUACCCCAAGCGAUCUCUCCACGGUCACUCCCACAUUGUGUCCGACUGUGUUAUCUCCUCUGACGGUGCUUACGCCCUGUCUGCCUCUUGGGACAAGACUCUCCGUCUGUGGGAGCUCGCUACCGGCACCACCACCCGAAGAUUCGUCGGCCACACCAACGACGUUCUCUCCGUAUCCUUCUCCGCCGACAACCGACAGAUCGUCUCUGGCUCUCGUGACCGCACCAUCAAGCUGUGGAACACCCUCGGUGACUGCAAGUACACCAUCACCGACAAGGGCCACACUGAGUGGGCUUCUUGCGUCCGAUUCAGCCCCAACCCUCAGAACCCCGUCAUUGUCUCCUCUGGUUGGGACAAGCUGGUCAAGGUUUGGGAGCUCUCUACCUGCAAGCUGCAGACCGACCACAUCGGCCACACCGGUUACAUCAACACCGUCACCAUCUCUCCUGAUGGCUCUCUUUGCGCCUCCGGUGGCAAGGACGGUACCACCAUGCUCUGGGACCUGAACGAAUCCAAGCACCUGUACUCCCUCAACGCCAACGACGAGAUCCACGCCCUCGUCUUCUCUCCUAACCGAUACUGGCUGUGCGCCGCCACCGCCAGCAGCAUCAUCAUCUUCGACCUUGAGAAGAAGAGCAAGGUUGAUGAGCUGAAGCCUGAGUUCACCUCUGUCGGCAAGAAGAGCCGGGAGCCCGAGUGUAUCAGCUUGGCCUGGUCCGCUGACGGCCAGACCCUGUUCGCUGGUUACACUGACAACAUUAUCCGUGCUUGGGGCGUCAUGUCCCGAGCAUAAAUGUUGCCGGGAUAGGUAAGGAGAGAUGGGGAAGCUUGGCUGGGACGUGGUGGAAUAUAGGGCAUCACAUAGUUAGCUUCUUCCUCAAACUGUAACUGAGAUUAGGGCAACAGUGUGUGUGACAGAAAUACUAAAAAAAGGUACUGGACACAAAAUUCGCUUCUAAUAUAGAAGAUGGUUCUUAACUGCUGUUUCUACUAAGUACUAAGGGAAAAAGGAAUACUACACUUUCAUACUGUUCAA